AUCCCCAAGUAUCACAUCCACUGGUCUACACGUCGAGAAGAAGCCCCCAUGAUGAAACAUUUUCUCUUCUGCUACCAGUUGACCGUUGACGUUCGUUUUACACUUUAACUGCCAUUGGCAGGUUGAUCCAACCAGAAACCUUGUCUCCUCUUGCACCCAAGCUUCCACCACGCUCGCGUCGCGGCUCGAUGAAGCACAGGAAGGGCGCCGCCGGCGAGGCCAACGACGACGGCGGCUCGACGAAAGGAGGUCGCGACGCGCCGCUGAGCAUCCAGCUGGAGAUCGCUGAGUGCCAUGGAGGCCGGGGAGGAGGCCUCGGGAAUGGGGGAGGUGGCUCGACGUCCUUCUUUGAGCCGUGGCGGGAGGCCACGCCCGGGAGCGGGAGUGGACACGGGAGCUCGGGCAGGGGUUGGGUCGGCGGAGGGCGGGAGCCGCCGGAGAAGCGGCUCACGCUGUUCGCGCUCCGCCUCGCCGUGCUGGAGAAGGCGGCGAGCGGGCUCGGGAAGCUCGAUUUCGUGUGGGCGACGGUGGUGCUCCUCGGCGGCUUCGCGAGCGCGCUCAGCAUCACCGACUUCUGGUGCGUCACCGUCAUCCUCGUCGGCGAGGGCGCGCGCGUCUUCAGCCGCAGCCACGAGCUGGAGUGGCAGCACCACUCCACCCUCACGUCCACCGCCGGCAGCGCGCUGCGGUCCAGCUCCCGGUUCUUCCGCCGCCUCGUGCACGCCCUCGCUGACCCGGCCGCCGCCGCCGUCACCUGCGGCGAAACUGGCCAGGACGCGCGCGACAGGGCGGCGCAGUUCCAGCGCCAGAUCGUCGCCUUCAUGAAGCAGCGCGCCUGGCACGCGCCCGACGUGUCGCUGCUCCCCUACACCGGCUGGGUCUUCGUCUCCAAGAAGAUCGGGAGGUUCCUCACCUGGAUGCAGGUGCUCUCCGCCUUCACCUGCGUCACGCUCUCCGUGAUGCGCCUAUGGCAGAACAAAUUCGGCGACGAGCCCAACAAGCGGCCGGCGCUGCUGCUCUUCUACACCUUGGCGCUGACCGAGGCGCUGCUCUUCCUGCUCGAGAAGGCGUACUGGGCAUGGAAGAUCAACAUGUGCAAGCUGCUCGAGCAGGUGAGCGGCGACUGUGAGCUCGGCGCGUACGGCCACGUCUCCGUCACGCGCUUCUUCUACGACGCCUACUCGCGGUGCAUCACGGGGAGCAUCUUCGACGGCAUCAAGAUGGACCUCGUCACCUUCGCCGAGGAGCUCAUCCUGUCGGAGUUCCUCGACGAGCAGCUCAUCGGCGUGCACAUCCUGCAGCAGUUCGUCAAGGCCCAGGGCUCCGCGCGCGACACGCUGCGCAAGGUCGGCACGAGCUCGCGCUCCAUCGAGCGGCUCAUCGAGAUGCUCAACUGGAAGCGCCCCGAGGAGGAGGAGGUGCGCCGGUGCGCCGCCGAGGUGUUGUCCAAGCUCGCCGGGAAGCGCCAGAACGCGCUCCGCGUGUCCGGCAUCCCCGGCGCCAUCGAGUCCAUCAUGUCCCUGCUCUACACCGGCUCGACCACUCCGUCGUCCGCGGCGCCGCACGACGCCUCACCGGCGGCGCGGGGCUACGACCACCCACAGCUCAACCUGUUCGGCCUGCUCAUCCUCAAGAAGCUCGCCCGGGACCACGACAACUGCGGCAAGAUCGGCAACACCCGCGGCCUCCUCGCCAAGAUCAUCGAUUUCACGCACGCGUCACCGGCGCUGCUCGACAACCCGCUGACGGCGGAUUCGCAGGUGCGCGCAGUGAAGCGCGCGCUCCAGGUCGUCAAGAUGCUGGUGUCCACGACGGGCGGCACCGGAAAGUUGCUCCGGCAAGAGGUCGCCGAGAACGUGUUCACGGUGAGCAACCUGCGUGGCAUCCUCAAGCACGGGCAGCAGCACAAGCCGCUCCAGAAGCUGGCCAUGGACAUCCUGACGGGGCUGGCCAUGGACGACGGGGCCAAGCAGGUGAUCGUGUCCACCGGCGGGGUGGUCAAGCUGCUCCUGUCAAUAUUUUUCAAUGCCGACGAGAGGGAGCUCAGCGGCGAUGCCGGCGAGGCGUUGGCGAUGCUGGCGCUGGAGAGCGAGGCGAGCUGCGCGGCGAUCCUCAAACGGGGCGACGUGCUCGACCACCUCAUGUCGGCCCUGGAAGACGACGGCGAGGCGCGUCGCCGCAACGCGGCGAGGGUGCUGCGCAACCUGUGCGCGUACGCCGGCGACAAGCAUCGAGAGCGCCUCUCCGCGGUGGUGACCAACGCGAUUCCUAUGGUACUGAAGGCCACCAUGACCGGGAGAGACAAGAUCCUGGAGGUGUCCGUCGGCCUGACGACGCAGAUCUGCAGGUUCAUCGACGGCGAGAGGUUCACCGCGGAGCUGCGGGGCGCCGGCAUCGACGAGCGAGUGUACGUGGAGCGGCUGGCGGCCAUCCUGCGGGAGCACAGGUACCCGGAGAUCAGGGUUCCCCGGAUGCGGCGGUUCGUGGUGCAGCAGGUCAUCUGGCUCAUGGACUCGUCCGCCGGCGGCGGUGGCGGCGACUACGUCUCGCUUCUCCGGGGGGCCGGGAUGGAGCGGCUGCUGGAGUCCAUCGCCGACACCACGUCGGAGCUGGAGUGCUACCACGUCUUCUCCGGCAGCGUGGGCAUCGGCAAGCACCGGGAGAGCUUCUCCGCCGCCGUGGACGCCGCGCUCGAGCUGCUCGCCGGUGAUGGAGCUCGAGCUGAGGCCUGAGGCCGAGGGGAAUCAAUGAGAAACCCGUCUUGCUAAUUGCAUAACACAAGCCCUUUUUCUGCAAAUUUUUUUAAUAAAAAAAGAGCAAAUACUGAUACACUAACAUCCUUAUAGGAAUUAUACUGCAGCUCAAUUUGUCCUUGUACAAAGAUACGUGUACACAAUCUGUUCAUUUAAAUGAUUAAACAUUUUUUUACUUUUACCGCUACUUUGCUUUUUUUGGAUUGGCAAAAAUACCAAGUCUCCCAACUGUUGUGCGCAACUCUGUUUGUACCACCAUGAUUUUGAGUUGGAUCAUCAUUUUGAUCGAUCAAUUGAUC